AUAAUUUAGGUUGAGACUGAAAAGUCUCAUAUGUCUGUAGCCAGAAUUGUACUGAGAACAGGCUACAAAGACAUCCAAUACCAGCCUCUCCCCAAGGAAAUCGAGGACGCUGACGACGUUGAAUCGCCAGUUUCAGUUGGAGGUUGUAAUUUGGACAUUGCCACUACGCCUACUUCCAGCGGCCAUGAGCAGCAGCGGCUGUUAACUGACGAUGGAGAAGCAAACAUUCCCUUACAGACAGAUGAUCCUGAAUUUAAUGAACUCAUUGUCGAGUCAGAAAGAGCUAUAGAUGAAGGAAUUCUACCAGACAGAAUAUACCAAGGAAGCAGUGGCAGUUAUUUUGUAAAGGACCGAGAUCGCAAAACUGUUGGUGUUUUUAAGCCAAAAAAUGAGGAACCUUACGGACAUUUAAACCCUAAGUGGACAAAAUGGAUGCACAAGAUGUGUUGCCCAUGUUGUUUUGGCAGAUCUUGUCUUAUUCCCAAUCAAGGGUACAUGUCAGAGGCUGGUGCCAGUUUGGUUGACUCCAAGUUCGGACUUGGUGUCGUUCCUAAAACAAAGGUAGUUGCACUGGCAAGCGAGACCUUCAACUACACUCCUAUUGACAAAGCUAAAGCUAAGUCUGUGAAGUUUGCUACAGAACGGUUCCCUGAUACGCUUGGUAAAAACAUGAAAGCUGGCCUCCCGCCUAAGGUAAGAUAAUCCGGGUGCUUAUUUUUCUGUUUCAUUUCCAGUUUCGUGUUGUAAAUUCAGCUGUAUCCUGUUUAGGCAACAUUCCAUUAACAGGUUUUUAUCAAUUUCCAUAAAGUAUGAAGCGGUAGAAUAUUUAGAACCACUUGCACUCCAGUGCCGGUUCUUAUCAUUCUGAAAUACAAUACACAGAUAACGUAAUAUUGCACGCUGAAAGCAUUAAGCAGAAUAUGACCCCUUAUCUGCAUAUCUUAGAGAAUUGCUGCCAAAAAUAGCUGCUAUACAUUCACUUUUUAAAUGAUAUUCUAUAGAAUAUAUCUUUCUCU